GGUUAAUCGGAAAAGAUGGCGCAAAGGUCAGUUCCGGCACCUUUCUUGAUGAAAACGUACCAGCUGGUGGAUGAUCCAAUCACGGACGAUGUGAUUUCAUGGAAUGAAAACGGCACGUCUUUUGUGGUUUGGAAAACUGCUGAUUUUGCAAAGGAUUUGCUUCCCAAUUAUUUCAAGCACAACAACUUUUCCAGCUUCGUCCGUCAGCUCAACACUUACGGAUUUCGAAAGUUUGUUCCAGAUAAAUGGGAAUUUGCCAACGAGCACUUCAAGCGGGGGCAAAAAGAGCUCUUGUCAGAAAUCCGUCGUCGAAAGACGGUCACAAAUUCGCCGGCGAACGGAAAACCAUCUGAUGCGGGACCUUCCUCUCCGGCUAACUCUGGUGAGGACCUAGGGUCCACCUCCACGUCGACAUCACCGGACUCAAAGAAUCCCGGAUCGUCGGAAACGAAGCCGGCGACCAUGAACGAAUUCGUCGAAUUAUCAGACGAGAACGAGAAACUGAAAAAAGAUAACGAGAUGCUGAGCUCGGAACUGGUGCAAGCCAAGAAGCAGUGCGACGAGCUGGUCGCGUUUUUAACUGAAUGCGUGAAGGUCGAGCCCGAUCAAAUCAAUCGCAUCAUUGGGCAACGAAGCUUUGGGCCCACCCAUGAUGCCGAUGUUCCCGGCCGCUGCUACUGUGACGAUGACGAAAACGGCGACGGCGAAGAAAGAAACGGAAGUUUGAAACUGUUUGGGGUAUGGUUGAAAAGCGCGGGGAAGAAGCGGGCACGCGAGGAGAAAAUCGUGUACGGUGGGCCACACGCAAAAGAGAUGAAGACUGUGGAUUUUAACCACGUGGCUGUGGUGAUGAAAAGCGGCAAGGUUUGCAACUGAGCCCAUCAACAGUUGGUCAUGGAUAAAGAUGGCAGUGGAGCAAUUGACUUCGAU